AUGCUUGAUUCCAACAUAAAGGAUAUAAUUUUGGAACUUGGAGCACCAGUCUGCAAGGAGUCAGGAGUGCAGCUUAUAUCUGUUAGAAGAUCCGAAGAGGAACUAAAGAUCCUUCUCUCUGAAGGCAUCUUCCUUAACCAGGGAAAAACGUGGUUUUGGUUAAAUAAGAAUGGAGAGCAUUGUGAAAUGAUAUCCGCAGCAGAGUGUUUCUAUCCUAUUACCCUUGCACCUCAUUAUAUUGAAUUUUAUGCUAAGGAAAAAUCAAGAUUUGCAGAGUACAUGAAUACACAAAUUUGUUCGGAUUUCAAAAUACGUGUGAAAACACAAUUUUUGUCACCACAUAUCACGUACGCAGUAAACCUUGUGUUCUGUUUAUACGACUCUGAUUUUACAAAUUCACGCCUCAAUUACAUACUUACUGGGGAAACAGAAUCUUCGAGUUUGUACUUAGCAGAUACGAGAGAAGAUGGAUGGUUGACUGCUGAAUUGUAUCAAUUUACUAGCGACAAUAAAAUUGUUGAUCUUCAAAUUACAUUUAAAUGUUGGAAUAAGUUGUUAGUAGAAGGCAUUGAGUUUCAGCCUGUGGAGAUGAUAAGCCAACAAAUUCCAGAACAUCAAGAAUUAGAUGAUGAGAGAGAGGUAGAUAUGCAGGAGGACAUGUCUCAUUCAGAUGUUUAUUGGAAAGAAAAAUUACCAAGUGAUUAUGAAAACAUAAUCAAGUGGUCGAAAGAUAAGUUGCACUGGACAACAAAGAAGGAACUAUAUUCUAUUCUCCGCAAAGGGUUCCUUAUCCGGAUCGAAGGCGAAGAGUGGUUUUCUCUCGACAAAGAUGGGAAGAAAUGUAUUAUGCUACCAGCAGCGGUGGCUUUGAAAAGAAAAAAGUGGAGUUGGCGGUCUUUACCCGAAUCAAGAUUUGAAGAAAUGGCCUUUGAUCCUACUUGGAGCUUUACUAUAUGUUGCAAUACGUCCCAUAUGUUGUCAUCUGAAACAUGUUAUGGAGCUUACCUUGUUUACAAAUUACAAGAAAACCAUUCUGGAUUUAAGCGUCCUUUGAUCGUGACGAUGACUAGUCAUUUCUCUGAUACAGUAGUAAUCUCACGAUAUAUCUAUUUGGUUAGUCCUCAAACCCUGGUCAUCAGACGAAAGGCUUAUGAAAAUACCCACAACCCAUUGAAUAGACCCAAAAUAAAAGGCUUUCCACAAAAAAGGAAAAAUGGUUGGAUGGAAGUACAAAUAGACGAACAGCUUACACAAACUCCCUCGACGUUUGUAAAACUUUCAGUCAACUUUCCCAUUGACCAGUCACUUAAAGGGCUUAGUGUGCAAGGCAUUGAGUUCAGACCAUGUAAUUAG